GUCCCAUAACUGUCAUUUAAAGUUAAAUAUAUGCCACUAGAGACACAUAUAAGUUAUUAAUAUCAGUUUUUAUUACUGUUAGAGAUAAAUAUAACCUCACAGAACAUGUCGGACGACGAGGAUCUAAUUCCAGCGAAAAAAGCCAAGCAGGUCUACUAUGGAUCGCUGGAGGAGCAGGAAAAAGCCCGAUUGGCAGCCCUGGCGGCUGCAGUCAGAGAAGGGGUCGAAGAUAGUGGCGGCAAAGAGUUGGGAGAUAUCCAAAUAUCCAAUGAGUACAUGGAGUUGGAGGAAGAAAUGUCCAGGGACAAGAAGGCUCUCCUGGAAGAAUUUGAACGCAGACGAAAAGCCAGGCAGCUUAACGUGUCUACUGAUGACGAUGAGGUCCGGCGAAGUCUGCGGCAGUUAGGAGAGCCGGUUUGUCUGUUUGGGGAGGGACCUGCUGAACGUAGAGUCAGACUGAGAGAUCUGCUAAGCUAUCUCGGUGAAGAUGCAAUAAACAAGAAACUGGAAGAAGAGGAAGCUCGCAUAGAGAGGGACAGAGGGCGUGAGGGAACGUGGUACCACGAGGGCCCCCCGCAGCUAAGAGAGGCGAGGUUAUGGAUCGCCAGGUACUCCCUGCCCGUUGCUAAAGAGAGAUUGAAUAAAGCAAGAGAAGACUUGAAACUGCCUGGCAGUGUACGGGCAGCUGCUAAACAAGAAUCACAGAGGAAAGCUUCAGGAGUUACCAUAUACUGCAGUCAGAUAGGUGAUACGCGGCCAAUUAGUUUCUGCAGAUUCAGUAAUGACAGCAAAAUGUUGAUUACGGCUAGUUGGUCCGGUUUAAGCAAAGUGUGGUCUGUCCCGGACUGUGUCCCCCUUCAGGUGCUCAAGGGCCACACUUGCAACGUCAGCUGCGCCGUCUUCCAUCCGGACGCCAAACUCCCUCAGCAUUUCACCGACAAGAUCAACUCUAUUAAAGAGUCCUCGUCGUCAGAAAUGGAGAUUUGCGAUGAAAAGUCCGAAGUUUGUACCAUGGCAUCGUGCGCCUACGACGGCUCUGUGCAUUUGUGGAAUUUUGUCAGUGAAUCUCCAAUAGCGUCUCUGGAAGGCCACAGUCCAGCCCGUGUGGCCCGAUUGGCUUUCCACCCUUCGGGCAGGUUCCUGGGGGCCACAGUCUUCGACCACUCCUGGAGAUUAUGGGACCUGCACACAGCAACGGAGGUGCUGCACCAGGAGGGCCAUGCCAAGCCGGUGUACUGCAUUGCGUUUCAAGGAGAUGGCUCUCUCGCAGUUACCGGACAAUUCGCGCGUAAAAAUUGACACAACCAAAACGUA